AAUUGAAGCACAGAAGGAAAUCCUAUCGAACUUAACCAAAAUUAACACACAUAGUGAGAAUGGAAAAUCUCUUCUCUAGUAAAAUACUGAUAGGCGAUAACUCGAUAUUUUUCAACUCAUUGUUUGUAUGUACAUAUGUAUAUGUAAUUAUUAAAAUACUGUGGAUAUACAUAUUUCUAAAGUGAAAAAACAGAAUUACUUAAAGAAUAACAAAUAGUAAUCAGAUAAUUGUAAUUUAACAGUGAUUCAUCGCAGACAUUUUUCACUAUAUGUGCAUAGCAACAAUACAACGAAAGAGGAAAUCGUAUCAAAAAUUAUGUGGAUUAUUUCUACACACUAUGCAGGUGUAGACUGAAAGUUGAAUUUUAAUUUGUAUUGCCGGCUAUAAAUAUAUUUUGUAUAUAUAUAGAUAUUAAAAGGAAAUAUAUACGUGUAUAUUAAAUAUAAAUAUGAAUGAAAAUAAUUAAUCAAUUAUUUUGAGCAUAUAUAUGUGUGAAAAAUGCCAGAAACAUGUUGAUGUAUAUCUAAAAGUAACCUACGGGACUAUUCUAUAAAUAAACGGAAUAAGUAUCAAAGAAAUCAGAAUAAAUAUGGAGGAAGAUAAUCACCAGUCACUGGUUCCGAAUCCAGCUUAUUUAGCACAUGAAAGAUUAAUGAAAUCGUCGGAACUGAGUUCAAAUGUUAUGAAUUAUGAAUUACCAAUGAUGUUAGGGAAUAAUUCAGAUGUAACCCAAAACCAAGCUCCUAAUGCAUCUAUAGAUGCAAACGAUAGAAUUAGUGAAUGUAAGAUAAUGCAAACAGUAUUCAAUACUAACAUUAACACCGAUUGUAUGGCUGGAUCAACAACAAAAGCUUUGCCAGAAAAUUCAGUUGCCUCGCCACCCCACGCACACGCCCAAGCACAUGCUCAGGCCCAGGAACAGGCUCAGGCUCAAGCUCAUGCGCAACUUCAGGCCCACGCCCAGCUCCAAGCUCACGCCCACCUCCAGGCCCAAGCUCAAGCUCAGGCUCAGGCUCAGGCCCAGGCCCAAGCCCAGCUCCAGGCACAGGUUCAGGCCCAUGCCCAGCUCCAGGCACACGCCCAUGCACAGGUUCAGGCCCAGGCCCAGCUCCAGGCGCAAGUCCAGGCCCAUGCUCAUGCCCAGCUCCAGGCGCAUGUCCAGGCCCAGGCACACGCACAGGCACAGGCACAUGCUCAUGCACAGGCUCAGGCUCAGGCUCAAGCACAGGCACAGGCACAAGCGCAGACUCCUGUCGAGGGUCAUGUCCAGCCCCAAGCCCAGGUCCAACCUCAUGCCCAUGGACAGAAACGAAAGAAUUCGGUAACAAAAGAUGACAGCACAGCGAAUAAAAAGGGCAUGCUGACGGCUGCCGAAGAGAAGAAGAAUAAUCUCAGAAGAAAUAUCAGAGAUGUGAUGAAUGAAAACAAUUUGGACACAACAACACUGGCGGCACAGAGGGAGGAGUCAGAGCGUCUGGCUCGAGUUGCCGAUCAGCAGAAAUCGAUGCGUGAGAUAAGGAAACAAGUCGUACACAAAAACUUCUUUCGCAUUCUGAAUUUGGAAGAAUCGAAUGAAGUGAAAUGCGAGAGCUCCGAACCAAACUUUUUUGUUAAUAAUGAUAGUAUUCUACCCGAAGAUGAGUUGGCAUCAGUCACAUGUGAUGAUACAAAUAGUAGUUUAAGUUGCAGUAUUGAGGAUGUCUUAGACAAGGACACCAGCACCGAGCCCGAACCCUCGAAUGAGGUCGUUACCAUUGACGAUAGUUCAGAUGAUGAUUGUAUAUUACUGUCGGAGGACGAGGAAGAUUAUAAUGAAAGUGACGAUGCCACAAAUAGUGGGAUGCACGUCAAAGAUCUGUAUAAUAUUCCGGACGAAUACGGCCGUGUUGUUGUAAAUAUUGCACAUCCUGAAGGAGAGGAGACACUGUACUUGGCUCCUCAGAUAGCGAAAGUAAUCAAACCUCAUCAGAUUGGCGGCGUACGAUUUUUAUAUGACAAUAUAAUUGAGUCUAUACGUAGAUUCAAAAAGUCAAGCGGAUUUGGAUGUAUACUGGCGCAUUCCAUGGGACUUGGUAAAACUCUACAAGUAGUUUCCUUCUGUGAUAUAUUCUUAAGGCACACGUCCGCCAAGACGGUUUUAUGCGUUAUGCCAAUUAAUACACUACAAAACUGGUUAAGUGAGUUCAAUAUGUGGAUUCCUCGUCAGUCUAACGAUUUGAAUGUUCGUCCCCGAAACUUUGAUAUCUUCGUUUUGAACGACCAACAGAAGAAUCUGACGGCUCGAGCCAAGGUCAUCUUGAAUUGGGUGCACAGGGGUGGCGUGCUCUUGAUUGGAUAUGAACUAUUCCGAUUGCUGGCACUUAAACUAGUUAGUACACGUAAGAAAAAAGGCAAAAACUCGCAGAUGAAUGAUAUUCAUGAUUCAAGUAAAGAUCUUAUGAAUAUGGCAUUUGAAGCACUGGUAAAACCGGGACCAGAUCUGGUCAUCUGUGACGAAGGGCAUCGAAUUAAGAACUCUCAUGCCGGUAUCUCACUUGCCUUAAAGCAAAUACGAACGCGUCGACGCAUCGUCCUCACCGGUUAUCCCUUGCAGAACAAUUUAUUGGAAUAUUGGUGCAUGGUGGACUUUGUUCGGCCGAACUAUUUGGGCACCCGAACCGAGUUCUGCAACAUGUUCGAGAGACCUAUACAAAAUGGUCAGUGUGUGGACUCAACACCGGAUGAUAUCAAGCUAAUGCGAUACAGAGCUCACGUUCUGCACUCUCUGCUACUGGGAUUUGUUCAGCGACGUUCACACACUGUGCUGCAAUGCACUCUGCCACAAAAACUGGAAUAUGUUAUUCUCGUGCGAAUGACACCGUUUCAACGGAAGCUUUAUGAUACCUUCAUGACCGAUGUGGUUCGAAAAAAGGCAUUUCCAAAUCCAUUAAAAGCAUUUGCAGUCUGUUGCAAGAUCUGGAACCAUCCCGAUGUUUUAUAUAACUAUCUAAAGAAAUGUGAGACUGAUUUAGACUUAGAAAUCGAUGAAGAAUCUUCUAAAAGCACCACGAGUACAGUCAUUGAUGCAAACGUUUGUGUCCCCGAAAAAACUGAACCAAUUUUAACUCCACAACCUAAAAAUGGAACCUAUGUGCCUCCAAGCACGGAAAUCAAUAAGAACUAUGCUAAUAAAAGUUGUGGGCAGUAUUGCGCGGAUAAAGAGGAUCAACUUAACUAUGGUACUUAUAGCGCCGAAGCGAAAGGCAAUUAUUGGCUGGAUGCUACAAUACCUUCGAAGCCGAGCUAUGUGGAAGUUAUAAAACAAACGGAUUCGAGCAUGGCUAAAGAAUAUGAAACUAUAACUGGCUCCUCCGAAAUUGUAGAUCUUGAUACGAAUGAAAUCAAAACAGUCGAGCGAAAUAUACCCACAGCUGCAAUUAAUCAACAGCAAAGUGCUGAGGAUUCGAAAUCUAAUGAAUUGAAUAAUUCAGGUAAACCGAUCUAUGGCAACGUUGUAAACGAUGCUGCUAAAAAGACGCUGAAGACUAAAAGAAAUGAUGAAUUUUCAUGUUCUUGGGCUGUGGACAUCAUGAAAAACUACAUAUCUGGCCAAAUAUCGAGUUCACCCAAAAUGGAAAUAUUUUUUUGCAUUAUGAAAGAAAGCAUAUAUAAGGGCGAUCGCAUAUUGUUGUUCAGUCAAAGUCUGUUGACAUUGAAUCUAAUUGAAGGGUUCCUAAAAUCCAGUUACGUACCAGGCACUAACAGCUUUUGGAUGAGAAACAGUUCAUAUUUUCGUUUGGAUGGUUCGACUUCAUCACAAGAAAGAGAAAGACUCGUUAAUGAAUUUAAUGCGAAUUGUAAUAUAAAACUUUUCCUAAUAUCUACAAGAGCGGGUUCCUUGGGCAUCAAUUUAACUGGAGCUAAUAGAGUUAUAAUAUUUGAUGCCAGUUGGAACCCUUGCCAUGAUACUCAAGCAGUAUAUAGAAUUUAUAGGUACGGUCAGACUAAGCCAUGCUAUGUGUACAGAAUCGUAAUGGAUAAAUGUCUAGAAAAGAAAAUAUAUGAUAGACAGAUUAAGAAACAAGGAAUGUCAGACAGAAUAGUUGAUGAAUGCAAUCCAGAGGCGCACUUGUCUAUGAAAGAUAUAACUAAUUUAUGUCACGAUGACGAUGAUGACAGCGAUCCCGUCGAAAGUGAUGCUCAGAAGGCUACAGAAUCUACACAAGAUAAUGGAAUCGAUAAGGUCGAUAUGCCAGAGAAAACAAAAGAGGAACCAUCUAUUCCAAAAACAACCCACAUGGAUCCAAUCAUCAAUAAAAUUGUUGAGCUACAUUCAAACUAUAUAACAAAAGAUCCUUUCCUGCACGAAAGUUUACUAGUUGAUCAAAAGGAUAGAAAGCUGUCGCAAGCCGAGAAGCGACAGGCACACCGAAGUUAUGAACUAGAAAAGAAAGCCUCUGUAAAUAAUCAGAAAUUUACUUAUUCAACUGGGAAAAUGCAAUAUAAAGUUAUUAAUUCUGAUGGCACGGUUGUAACGCGACCAGUGGCUUCGAUUAAGCCUCUGCAGACCAAAAAAACUACUACUACAACUGGUGGACGGUCAACGCGUUGGAUUCCUGCUGAGGUUUGGCAAAGACAGGGAAUGACAGCUCAAGAAAUGACAUUACCACUUGAUGUUGUCAUACCUACGAAUUCAUCAGAAAAAUCGAAUAUAAUACUCAAAGCCGGUCAAAGAGUUAUGGUAUUAAAAUCGGCGAAAGGAAUAUAUAUGCAAUUAGAUAGCGGUAAAAUAAUAGCAAUUAGAACAACAGCCAAGAAACCAGAUGAUGAGAAAAAUAGCAAAGAAGACGUAAUUGAUAUUACAUCGGACUGCGAUACGGAUAAUCCGAAACCUAAAUCCCCAGAACAGGAUAAAUCGACGGAUAAAUCAGCUGUGCCUAAGACAAAUGAAACCAGUACUAAGGAAGGUUUACCAACUCAACCGCCGCCUGAUCCAGCAUUUGCAAGAACUGGCAUUCUUGAGGAUCUACAGCAAACUAAAACUCACGCAUUGCAAAAUAAUAGUCAAGUUGAAAGUUUAAGUAGCAUCCCGUCGAGUCUGCAUCAAAUGCCUGAAGAUUUGAACUAUCAAAAGCAACAACAGCAGCAACAACAGCAGCAACAACAACAACAACAGCAACAACAACAGCAGCAACAGCAGCAG